CCAACGUUCUAAAUCAAAACUACACAUGCUAGCAUUAGCGUAGCGCUAUCAUUCAUUGUCGGGAACGUCGAGGAAUAAAAUAUAUUGAGAGCUGGAUUAAAUUGUUACUGUUAGUUGGGUCUGCCUUAUAUGAUAGCCGAGAAGGGAUUUAUCCAUUGCUUAGGAUUAUUGUUGCAUCUUGCUUUGGAGGCUGCCUUGAUUCAAAUACAACUACCUAUAUAAGGCUGAAAUCUGAAAAUUACCAGGGAGACGAGACGUUUAUUUGAUGUGAAGGAUUGGUUGUGGAUAUAUUGCGUACAUGUACAUUGUAUGAGCAAGAAUUGAUACUGGGUGAUUCUGGGAUAUGUUAGUAUAAAGAGGUCCAAAGUGGCAUUGAAGCCCAAGACUCUUAGUGGAACACUACCCGCCUGAUUAUAAACCCAUCAAAAUUGAGAUAGGACGACGACGAAGACAAAUCAACUUGGCUUGAUUGGAGUAUUUUUUAACACCGUAGUUUUUCUUUGUGGAUAACCUGCACGAGCUAUUGUUAACAAAACACUUGUACAUUCGGUCUACUAUCCGUGUUACGUUCAACUGAGGGAAAGAUUUGUCCUUACUGCAAAAUCGCAGUAAUUGACAUCUCGACGUUUUUUAAUAAGUCUAUGAAAGAAUGUGUACGUCUCUGUUGUUGCACUCUUCAUGUACGAAAAGACUCGGAGGAUUGAAUGAAAAAUCCAAUCCCACAAAUAUCGAUUGCUGAUGGCGACAAGUGCACUACUAAUUUGAUAUAUUGAUUUCACUUUUCAAGAAAUAAUAAAUCAUUUCGUUCUUUCAACCAAGGUAUACUUCUUAAAACGGCUAUCUGUAACAUCAACAUUGAUGACUACUGGACUCCAGGAAAGACAUUGAGUCCAUCGGAAUAUGCGUAAUCUACAAAAGUCAUUGAGUACUGUCCCAAGCGUAACACGCGUCAGUAUCUCAGAAGUUGACUUCUAGAGAAAAGGGUUGGAUCUUAAACAUCGAUUUUCGAUCGAGGAAUGGCAGACCAUCUGAAUUCCAGAUCUGCACUUUUCGGAACAUGCUAAGGACAUUAAGCAUUGAUUUCUAUGAGCCAGCGUAAUUGGGGGCGAAGUGUGCCAGUGAUUUGAUUUAUUGUCUUCACCCAAUCGGGAUUCGCUGAGGAAAUAGCGAAGAUGGCUGGUCGAUAUGCUCACCAUGGCCAACACACGUCACGUGGAGGAAACAGGGACAGGUUGGGUAGUAGAGACCGGACUGGGCCCACGUUACGGGCUGGGAAUAGAGAUCGGGCUCGGUCAAGAAGUCAGAGUCUGAUUGCGGUCCUCAUGGGCAAGUCGGUGGAGAACAUGGUUCAGGAAGAUAGUGACCCAGGAGUACGAGUUGAGUUCUUUACGAAUGAGCGGUCGUUCAAAGAGAGAUUGCAGUUGUAUUUCAUAAAGAAUCAGAGAUCAAGUCUUCGCAUCCGUAUCUUUAACCUAGUGAUCAAAUUAUUAACAUGCAUUCUGUACGUGGUGCGUGUGUGCCUCGACAACCCAAGCGAAAAACCACCAUGCACGUCAAGUUGUGGACCAUGCCUCAACGUUACGGCGGAGGAGAGAUUUCAAUCCGUGGAAGAUUUCAGGAAAAAUCCGGUGAUAGAAUGGGUGGCGAUAGGUUAUGUAAAUCGAAGCUACUGGCUUUGGGUGACACAAGUGACAGUAGCUGUGAUCAGUUUAACAGAAACAAUGCUCGUCACAUACCUUGGCUACAAAGGCAACAUCCUCCAGCUAAUCCUUGCCCCAUCAUUCAUCCUGGAAUUAAUAAACACAGUACCUUUUAUAUCAACUAUUUUCUGGGCGAGAUUACGGUGCCUUUUUAUUCCUGUAUUCCUAAACUGCUGGCUUGCCAAAAGUGCAUUGGAAAAUAUGCUGAAUGACCUCCACCGUGCCAUGCAGAAGUCACAAUCUGCACUAUCACAACAGAUACUCAUUCUGAUGGCUACUUUAACUUGUAUUAUUUUUACCAGCGUGUGCGGUGUACAGCAGCUACAGCGUGGUGGCUAUCAGCAUAUGGAUUUCUUUGGUGCAUUAUGGUUUGUGAUAGUUACAUUCUCGACAGUCGGCUACGGUGAUUAUACGCCGGAUAUAUGGCCUAGUCAACUCUUCAUGAUGAUCAUGAUAGCAGCAGCAUUAGUGGUCGUUCCAACGCAGUUGGAGCAGCUUGCCUUCACAUGGAUGGAGCGACAAAAACAGGGUGGCACUUAUAGUAGUCAUCGAGCACAAACAGAAAAACAUGUUGUUGUAUGUGCUACAGCGUUACAUGCAGAUACUAUCAUGGAUUUUCUAAAUGAAUUCUACGCCCAUCCAAAAUUGCAGGACUAUUUUGUGGUGUUAUUGUCCCCUUGUGAGCUGGACCCCACAAUGAGGAUGAUAUUACAAGUACCCAUCUGGGCGCAGCGGGUGAUUUAUAUCCAAGGGUCGGCAUUGAAAGAUGCUGACCUGACGAGGUGCAGAAUGCAGGAAGCAGAGGCUUGUUUUAUCCUAACAGCCAGGAAUUAUGCAGAUAAAAAUGCUGUUGAUCAGCAUACCAUAUUGAGAUCAUGGGCUGUGAAAGAUUUUGCACCUACAUGCCCACAGUAUGUCCAAAUUUUUCGGCCGGAAAAUAAAUUCCAUGUGAAGUUUGCUGAACAUGUUGUCUGUGAAGAUGAAUUCAAAUAUGCCUUAUUAGCCAAUAACUGUCUUUCACCGGCUACCUCCACACUAGUGACUCUUCUUCUUCACACAUCAAGGGGACAAGAGGGCCAGACCUCAUCUGAAGAAUGGCAGCGUGUGUAUGGCCGAUGCUCAGGGAAUGAAAUUUACCAUAUUAAACUUGGUGAUAGUCAAUUUUUCGGAGAGUACGAGGGAAAGAGUUUUACAUAUGCUAGUUUUCAUGCACACAGAAAGUAUGGCGUUAGUCUUGUUGGUGUCUUGCAGAGUCUUCCAGGAUCCACAAUCCAGUUGAAUCCUGGUCCAAGGCACAUUAUGAAAGGUGCUGAUAUAUGCUUCUACAUGAACAUAACCAAAGAGGAAAAUUCGGCUUUCAUCCUCGCGCAUCCAAACAAUGAUAAAGAUACGCGAAUGGAUAAAAUGAAGCCACCUGCUGGUGGAAAUUACUCCAAAGUCGCUAGCAUGAUUGCAAGCGUUGAAGAAUUGCCGAGAAAACUAUCUUUUCGGAAAAAAAAUCAGACGUACCAUCCACCACGACCUCGGCUAAACCAAACGAGCAAGCAGGGUACCGUGGCCAUGGUAGUCAAGGCUGGCGACGGUGGGCCAUAUGCAACCUAUACUAAGAACAGUAUUACCCCGCCAAAUUCGAACCAAGGUACUGUGGCCUUGGAGCUCCAACACACAAGGGAUAAGUCUAACAGUCAGGUGCUAGAUCAGAAUGGACAAAAGACAGAUUCAAUGGCCAACAAACUAGAACUUCCAAAAGGCCUAAGUAUACAGAGUCUAAAUAAGCGGCCUAGUAUUGCUCCAGUGCCGGCCGUUCUUGAUGCAGCAGGUAUUGAGAUUACGGUAGAGUCAGAGGACUCUGAUCAAGAUAGCAGUAUAACUGAAGAAGAGCCACCUUGGGUUACACCCAACUCGGAUACCGUAAAAGGGUUCCCGCCACUUACACCCUACAUUGGUACCACGCCCACGCUGACCCAUAUUAUGCGGGAGAAGCGGCAUAUAUGUUGUCUCCAGUUGGCACAGACAUGUGACCAUUGCUCAUUCAAACAUGCAAAGGAAUACCAUUGGUCGAACCGAACGAUCAUCGUAGCUGCUGAUUAUGCAAGCAACGGCUUGUAUAACUUUAUUGUGCCAUUGAGAUCUCAUGCUCGACCAAAAAAUACUAUGAAUCCGAUUGUGCUACUCUUAGAAAGAAGACCAGACCAGAGCUUCUUAGAGACAAUUUGUUACUUUCCUCUUGUCUACUGGAUGAUAGGAUCUAUAGAAUGCCUUGAUGACCUGUUACGGGCUGGUAUCACUCUGGCAGACAAUGUGGUUAUUGUCAACAAGGAGAGCUCAAACUCUCAAGAGGAAGACUACUUAGCUGACUGCAACACCAUUGUGGCAGUACAGACGAUAUUCCGACUAUUUCCAAGUGCUAACAUCAUAACGGAGUUGUCCCAGUCCUCCAAUAUGAGGUUCAUGCAGUUCAGAGCCAAAGAUCACUAUGCUUUAAACCUCUCCAAGGUGGAAAAGGUAAGUCCCCAUAAAGAAAAAGAAAGAGGAAGCCACAUCUCUUACAUGUUCAGGUUACCAUUCGCAGCAGGAAAUGUAUUCAGUGCUAGUAUGUUGGACACGCUUCUAUAUCAAGCAUUUGUCAAGGACUAUCUCAUCACAUUCGUUCGACUGUUAUUAGGCAUUGACCAGGCUGUGGGGUCUGGACAUUUGUCUUGUAUGAAAAUUUCCAAAGAUGACCUGUGGAUACGGACCUACGGCCGACUCUAUCAAAAACUCUGCUCAACCACCUGUGAGAUUCCUAUUGGUAUUUACCGGACAAUGAUCCAACACACAGAAAACACAUCUGCUGAUGGUGUCCCUGGGUCAGGUCAUUCAUCACAGCAAACACCUCACUUUGAUUUCAAACGGCGCCUUUCGACUCGUAUCCAUCAAAAACUUGCUCAACGAUGUUCAGGUAGAAAUCGAAAUAACCUGGGCGCAAAAAAUAAAACUGCUGAACCUAAAGAAAAGGAGGUUUCUCUGAAUGUGAUGCACACCGACGAUGAAGGAGGAAGUGACAGCCUGGGAUCGGAACGGCAAGAGAUCUGCCAACUAGUCAAGUCGAGGAUGCAGAGCCUUGGACUGCCAACAGAUGAUUACGAUGAUGUUAGUGAUAAGAGAAAUACGUUAUCAUAUGUGAUCAUCAACCCAAGCUAUGACUUAAAGCUUGAAGUGGACGAUGUUGUAUACUUAAUUCGACCAAGUUCACUGUCAGCCCAGGCAUCACCGUUGAUUGAUGAACGGAAACUGUUGGCCCGGAAACGAUUUUUACCACAUAAGAGAGAAGAGCCGACUGGUGCUGAUGAGGAACCAAUCAGUAGAAGUUCUACUCCUGACUGUGAUCAUGAUGCUAAGAAUGAGCCUGCUACAUUAGAAAUAAAUAAUUGUACAUCUGUUGUCAGAAUAGAGUUUAGACCUAGAAAACCACCAUUUAUUGCUGAUUCCACCAGAUUUCAAUUAGACGCAACCACGGUUACCAUGCAUGAGUGACAGUUUUGGCAGGUUGGUCCCAUCAACUGCUCUAAUUGGCCCAUUUGGGAAGGUAAACUAUGUUGUCCUUGCAGCUUGUUGGAACACUACACUUCCAAUGCACUGUUCACUCAUGCAUGGAUUGAUGACGAUGAAAUGCAAAGUCAGUUAUGAUGCUGUUACUUUUAUCAUUGCAUCAGCACAGAACAGAUGUUUUCUCGAGGCUAAAAAGGUUGCACACCUUUCUUGGCUCCUGGCAGCAUCAGAGUGGGAGUUUUAAAAGAUGUGUAGCAUUUGUAUUACUGGCAUACAGCUUCACCUGUAUCACAGGCAUGCAGCCCACUAAGUAUCGAAAAGAAAAGGAACUAUUGGUAAAUCGGAGUACCUGCAGUUUAGUUUUAGUUAAGUUUAGACCCUUUAAUUAGACAAAUUUAUUGACACUAACUUAUAUUCAUUCUUCAUGCAUGCUCCAACCAGAUUGAUUUCCCUUUCCUGGCUGAUAUCCAUGCAUAAUGGCAACACUUAAGUCAUAUUCACAACUGACAAAAUUUAUCAGUUUGGGAUUAGACAUUCGUCUCCCUCUUACACUGUAGUUUAGAUGACCUUCACUUUGACCUACGCAGUGAUUUUGACCUGUAAUCCUGACCUUCACCUUCCACUCUUAUGACUAAUCUUCCUGCACUUGACCUCGACCUCAGUACUAAUCUUGUUGGUGUCUUUUCUUUCUUUAUCUUUGGAAGGGGAUUCUCAACUUCCUUUGAAUCCAUAGUUUCAUCUAAAGCACUGUUCUAAAACUCUUCUUCUGCUAUCGUUUGGGAAUGGUUUCAUAGCAAUUGUUGCAUGGUGUUUAUAAAACUAAAAUCCAUAGACCAUAUCCAAGUUCUAUGUUAACCCUUCAUGUAUUCUAAUUAAAAGUUUCUGUAUAAUAGUAGUAUUUGUUUAUACUUACGUGGUGAUGAUGACGUAUUUUAAUUUUGCAUCCAUUUCGGCAGUUGCAGUGCGGCAUGAUGUACAUGUAUAUUGCAUCCAGGUGUAUAAAUGUGUUUAUAUUACAGGUUUUUAUAUAGAUAUAAACACCACAUCCUUAUGGGUUUCAGUCAUGCAAUUUUCAGUCAAUCAUCUUCAAAAUGUGCCUCGGGUCUAAUAUGCCAUCUCAAAAUGCUAGGUUGAUGUAUGUUCCUCUUGGCAUUAAUUACAUAAGUGUACAUGCUAUUACAGCUGUGACAUAUCAUCACAGUCCAGUACCUACUCAUACUGCAGGUCUGUGUUGACCUUAGUGCUCUGCCUCCAAACAUCAGCUGCAAUUCAUAAAAAACAUUCUUGGUGUUCCAUCUGUUAAUAAAAGUUAUCACAAAAUAGUCCAGAGGAAUUCCAAUGUUGUUAAAAACGCUAGAUAGCUGAACCAACAGCAGAAGAUUGUUUAUGUUUUUUAAAACCAAAAAUAAUUCAAAGAUAUGGGUAUCAUAAUCGCCAUCUUCUUACAUCUUAUUCUCCUCGUUAUCCUUUUUGCAGGUUAGUCCCCUCUCGGCAACGAGUAUGGCCCCAGGCAUGGCCGAUGGCAUCGCGGGGACAUUUGUGUGACAGCGUCCCUUUACCUGAUGGAAUAUUGAACAAGUAAUGAAAGACUGCAUUCCUCGGAUGACAAGAUGACAGGGUGUGUAGGCAUAAGUCUUGGCCUGUUCAAACAGUUUUGUAAGGAAGUGGUAUUACUGACCACAGAUCUAGAGAUAUUCAAGAGACAGCAUCAAUCAAGUGUUAUUGGAAAAGAGUUGCACCAUUGAAUAUGGACUAUCUUGCACAAUGAGCACUGACCUUUAGGUAGUAAUCCCUUUUUCUCUUAAUUGCUACCAAGUGGAAAAAGGCGAAUUUUUAAAUGUAACGUGCAGUACAUAAUUCCACUCAGAUUGUGCAAUUACGGUAAUAAUUUGUUAAGGUUUCCAUUAAUGUUGACGUUUCCGACACCAAAUUUCUUCUGAAUUUCAUAAAAUUAUUUGUAAAUAAUAUUUAGGUUUUAGGACUUUGAUCUCGUUAAAGAGAUGAGGUGCAGGAAAGUUCAAGGAGUUUUGUUCAUAAGAAGAAGAAUGUUCAUCAUUUUUUUCAUAACUUUUGUAUUGCUCAUUCCAAAGAGGAUAACAUUUUAGAUGUAAUUAUUAUCAUUAUGUUAUUUUGUCAUUGUGAAUAAAACAACUCAUGUUGGUAUAAGUUGUGUUUUUGGGCACAGGGUGACAACCCUUGAGGACCAAGACAUUGUAAAUAUCUUUUAUUUGAUGCAUCCUGCUGGCUCAGCUAUUUUAUUUGUACAUAUCUAUCCAAUAGAUAGAUAUUUGAUGACAUCGGGACUACUUGUAAACACGUUGCAUGUUGUGUUCGUUCAGAAAAGAAACCUGUCUUCUGUUGAUAGUUUUCUGUACAACAUAAUGAUUCUUACACAUGAUGUACAGCUGUCCUUGUACCAAAAUCAUAUUCAGGUUAUAUUCUAAAAUAUCCUGCAUGUCAUGAGGUCAGCGAGUAAAAUUCCUAGUACCCAAGUGAAUCAGAUGUUGAAACUGUUAAGUAUUUGAGUACAGCUAUAUUUAGUGUUAUUUAACUUAAAAAGGAGAUUAAUAGUUUUUGUCAAUCACAAGUUAUAUCUUUAAAAUUGGUCUCAAAAUGUAUUUUAAAAGCACACCCUCCCUGGUUGUUUUGUUCCUUUUCAAUGCAUUUGUGUACAGUAUUUGUAUUCUCAUUAAUGUUUUCAUUGCUGUUUCUAUAUGACACAGAAGCAUCUAAAGUUUAUCAUCACAGAUAUUUAUACAGAAGUUAUAUUUUUACCCUUAGAUAUUUGCUAUUGGCAUGGUGAGCAGAAGUGAGAGAGUGAAUGUUGUUGAGCGAUGUUAAUUUUGGAUUGAUGUAUAUACUUCAGCUUGAAGCUUUAAUCCACUCAUAAUUAAGUCAUGUUUGUUGAUUGUGAUUGUUGCCAUUUCUAUCCAUCAUACCUCAUGUGAUCGCCCGAUGGCCACUACAUUUCUUCACUUUAGCGUCUUGAAGGGGGACUUUAAGCAGGAGCCAACCAUCGAAUUGGUGGGCUCCAGGAUGCUGUUGUUUACCUCCCUCAUGUCUGGUCUCCAUUUAAAGGGAACAUCAUCUGAAGAGAUCUUUUGUUGGUGAUGGCCUUCCCAAAUUCAUAAAGUUACCGGUACACAUUUUCUGCAUAAAUGGCCCAGUGUGUCCAUUUAAGAAGCUUUUAAAACAAUUGCUAGAGAAGGUGAAGGUAUCAAGGAAGGGUUUCAAGGCUUCCAGAUUAAAUAUAGCAUGAUAAAAAGACCAGGCGUUUAAGAUAGAGUUAGCAAUUUGUAUGCAUUUGCAUUUUUGUGUAUAAUUUUUAGAAAUAAAAUUGUUCAUUUCCCUCCCCCAAAUGUGUUUUAAAAUAUCAGAGGUGCUGUUCUCAUAUUGUAUAUGACAUAAAUAUGAAAACUGAUUUUUGUAUUUUUUCAUUAAAUCAAUUUGAAAUGUAUGUAAAGUAUUUGCCAUUGUUUCUGUUUCAAACAUCUGGCAAACCACUGUCCCAUUGAAAGCAUACAAAGCUAUACCUGCAGAAUGGGACCAUUCAGCUGUUGACUUGUUUAUCCAAUAGUUAAAGUUAAAAGUCUGCUAAACCACAAAUGCCUCAUCAGGUCAGAGCUUAUCCUGGAUUCCAUACCAUUAAGUGACUAAGGUAUCACUCCCCGUGGAAAGGAUGCUAAUCCCUCAUAGACUUCUCAGCAAGCCUGGUACUUAUUCCUCCUGGGUCAAAGGAAGCAAUGAAGGGUUAGGUGUCUUGCUCCAGUAUUAAAAAGCGGUGAUCCUUGUUUGUCCAACCGGACGCCUAAAAACAAAUAGUUGUGACAGAUUUCCUUUUGUUGACAUAGCAGCCAAAGAACCCCAUUUAGCAGGGAGAGGUCCUGUUCCAUAAUAUUGCUUUGUAUGCUGUCCACUGUGUUUAUUGUAAUAGAAUACUGAAGUUCCCUUCAUAGUCAUGAGCCAAACUAACAGCAGAAACAACAGUUUCUUAUUUUGCUGUUCAUGCCAAAAGCCAUCAAAAAUGCUAAUAACUAGCUGUUUAAACUGGUUCAGUUAACAAUUGUAUAUUAUAUUGGUAAAAACCGUAUAUAUUCUAUUUACAACAAUAUUUUGAAGUUAAUGGUACAUUCAGUGUAACCCAUAGCUGGUCACUGAAGCUAAUGGGAUCUACAGUAUCUAAUGAGCGCUACAUUAUAAUGAUGUAUCUUUUUAAAGGGAAAUUAUAGGCAAGUCAUGAGGAACGUGCAUACUGAAAGCAAGCCUAGGCCUCCAAGGGAUCAAAGGAGCUAUCAAUCUCCUAAUGACAUGCAUUGAAAAUAGAGAUUCUUGAGGAGACUGAUUCAUUGGAACCUAUCUUAGCAGAUGCCUCUCUCCUAAGGACACCCUCUCUAUUGAAGGACAAUGCAUUGAUCAUUUCUAUUGACAUUUUUUCUAUUGAAUUGACCUCCGUAAUGAAGACACAGUCUCAAUUAAGGAGAGUAUUUGUUAGUCCCAAGGAUGUCCUUAAGAGAGGUUCUACUGUAUAUAGACUGUACAAUUGGGACCUCCCUUUGAAGGAAGUUCGGUCAUCUGCCUGCCCAGGUCAAGCGAUAGAUUAUGUCAUGUGACCCUAAUCAUCAGACUUUUUUCCAUGCUCUGUAUUUGAAUGUUUCAUGGCACACCAUCCAUUUUAACUCUCCUCCAUGUACAUUUUCUGCACAAUAAAUUAAUGUUUUAUUUCUUAUAAAUCUA